UCAUUCGGGUGUACACGGUCGCAUAAUUAUCUUCAUAAAGUGCGAUUCAACGGAACUGGCCUAUUCCGGUGUCCCACCAACACACAUUAACCCCAGUCCCUGCUCACCAGUCAUUCACACAUUUUAUCAUCCAACGAAUUCGUGUGUCUGAUGAUCAUUCAGUGGCUGUCGGGCCAGUUGUGCGUUGAUAUCAGCUCAUGUGGGUGGGUCUGGAGUACUUCUGAAUCACCUCCGAGGACCCUUGAACCAUAAAAAACGUGCGACAUCCGUUGAUCAGUGGAAAAAGUGGUGAAUUAAUUUUUCAGUCGAGUCAAUUCAACUUGAACAUCGAGUUGUGGAGCUAUUUCGGGCGUUUGUUUUUGUUUGGGGUGUUGUGAGGACUCGGCGGAGAGUGUCGAUCGGUGGGAGGGGGUUGCUGGCUCCCGGGGGGAUGUCAGGAAAGUUGUUGUGACAAGUGGAAAAUUUGUUUUGAGGGGACAUGGCCUCGAUAUCACUCCCGAGGGUUCUGCAGCAGAGGAAGACCUCUCUGGACCUUCAGCGUGAGCAUUUCGAGAAGUUUCAGAAUAUUGCCAUCUCCAAGGCUGUCAAUCCCACCGAGACGCCGGUCAAGGAGAAACAUGUGCGCAGCGCGAUAAUCGGCACAUACCAAGAGAAGAGUGGCACAGUAUUCUGGACAUUUGUGCUGCGCCAGCCGCUGCAGGAGCACCGAAUCGUCGCCUGGAAGUUCUGUCACGUUCUCCACAAAGUCCUGAGGGAGGGCCACCCCCGAGUGAUCCCGGACUCCCAGCGCCACAAGAAGAGGCUCGAGGACCUCGGGAAGCUCUGGCAGCACCUGCGCGAGGGCUAUGGCAAGCUCAUCCACCUCUACAUUCGCCUCUUGAUCACAAAACUGGAGUUUCACAACCGAAAUCCAGGGCUGCCUGGCAAUCUCCAGGUGACGACAGAGGAGCUGGAGGCGAUCGGUGAGAACGACAUCAACAUUUACUUCCAGAUGUCGGUGGAGAUGUUUGAUUACAUGGACGACAUCCUGAACCUCCAGAGGGCAGUCUUCGGGUCUCUCGACCUCUCCAGAUCUAACUCGAUGACGCCCUGUGGCCAGUGUCGACUGGCACCACUGAUCCCCUGCAUUCAGGAUGCCUCGCAGCUGUACGACUACUGUGUGAAGAUACUUUUCAAACUCCAUGGGGCUCUGCCUGCCGAUACACUGCUGGGACACAGGGACAGGUUCUCCAAACAGUUCCAGGAGCUCAAGACUUUUUAUAAUACUAUUAAACACAUGCAGUACUUUAAGCAUCUCAUCACCAUACCUGGAUUGCCUGAGAAUCCACCAAACUUUUUGAUACAAUCAGAAUUAAGGACCUACGUUACACCAGUCGUCGUUCUACCUCAGGAAGACCCAAUUGAUAAUGAAAGUACUGUUGACAGUCUUAUUGACACGUCAGACACAACGUCCAUAACUGGGGAUCAAUUCGACUCGGCUGGAAAUGGAACUAUUUCCCCAGAGAGUCGUCACGAAAGGGAGCAUUAUUAUGCACAAGAAGCGAUGAUGCAGGAACAUGAGAGACAGAGAGAAGAACUGCAGUUCUUAGUUCGUGAACAUCAGAGACUCGUCGAGGAAAUGAAGCAACAUAUGAGAAAAGUGGAUCCUGAAAUUGCUCUCAAGGAUCAGGAAUUGAUGAAGCAGAGACACCUCAAUGAUGCAUUAGGAAAGCAAAAUGCUGAAUUAAUACUAAAAGUUCAUGAACUCGAAGAAAAAAAUCGUUUACUGGAUGAGAAGUUUCAAAAGCUGAAGGAAGUUUAUGCCAAACUUCGAGAAGAACAUAUCAGUUUAAUACGAAAGAAAGCAGAAGUGGACAAGCUCCUGGGGUCCACCCGUCUCUCCCUGGAGCAGUCAGACCGUCGGUUCCAAGAAGUAAACCUGCGACUGGCGGAGGUCCUCCAGGGUCAGGCAACGGCCUCUCAAGAAGCAGAACGAGUCGCCCAGGCUCGCUCUGAACUCCUGGAGGUCCAAAUCCAGUUCGAUCGUCUCAAGAACGAGAACGUCGCCCUUCUGGCUAAGGUUGACUUCAUCUCCUCGGAGAAAGCCCUAGCUGAGGGUGACCUGCAUGAUCUCCUGUCCCAGAAGGAGGAGCUCGACACGAGAAUAGCUGAGCUCACCUCAGACCUGGAGAGAACAAGAGUCCAGUCUAAGAGAGACUCAGACUCUGCUCUGAUCGAGCUGAUCUUGAACUCCAUUUCCUCAGCAGAGCAGCUCCUGGUGACAACCUCCGUUACCAUCGAGAGCCCCUCGAUUGCUGCCCUGACGUGCACCCCGGAUUACCUGGAGAGCCAGAGGCCUCCAGCCCUGCAAUCCCUCUCGGAUCUGGAGACGAGUUACAAGGUCUAUCAGGAAAAAUCGACAGAAGGAAAACAGCUGAUCAAGGCCUCUCUGAAUUUUGCCUAUCACCUGUCCUUGUACCUCAUUCACGCCAAGUCAACCUCCAACACCUCCACGGACAUCACGAUCGAUGACAAAUUGACUGAUGAGUGCAAAAAAUUGUCAACAGCUUCGGUUGCCCUUCUGCAGAUGAUCAAGAGCAAGGCGCAGACGACUGAGGAUCAAUUCAAGGUGAUUAGGGAUCAGCUGGAGGUGAUCUCUGGGCUCGCUAAUGGUCUUGCCAAGGCUAGGGGGGAUGUGGAGAGGAUUGGAGACAUGGUCGAGAGCGAAUUGCAGGGAAUGGACAAAGCCAUUGAGGAAGCAGCAGCCAAGAUCCAGGAGAUGUUGAACAAAUCCCGAGCUGGUGACUCUGGCCUGAAGCUCGAAGUGAACGAAAAAAUCCUGGACUCUUGCACCGAGCUGAUGUCGUGCAUUAGGAAGUUGGUGAAGAAGUCUCGACUCCUGCAGACUGAGAUCGUUGCUCAGGGCAAGGGAACAGCCUCUGCCAAGGAAUUUUACAAAAGAAAUCAUCAGUGGUCCGAGGGCCUGAUUUCCGCUGCCAAAGCCAUUGGAAUGGGUGCGAAAUUCCUUCUGGAAGCUGCUGACAAGGUUGUUGGGGGCGAUGGGAAGUUCGAACAGCUGGUGGUGGCUUCACAGGGCAUUGCUGCGUCCACUGCGCAGCUGGUGGUGGCUAGCAGAGUCAAAGCUGAGAGGAAUUCCAGUAAUCUUGGGGGCUUGACGCAGGCCAGCAGAGAGGUCACUCAGGCCACUGCUGGGGUUGUGGCGACUGCCAAGAGCUGCAGCCAGAUGGUGGAGGAGAGCGAGGAUCUGGAUAUGGGGGGGCUCAGUCUCCAUCAGGCCAAGCGACUGGAGAUGGAGGCGCAGGUGAGGGUGCUGGAGCUCGAGCAGGCACUGGAGACUGAGAGGCUCAAGCUUGCUGCCUUGAGGAGGAGGCACUAUCAACUUGCUGGGGAUAUCUAAGGGCUGGCUGGAAUCAGGUGAAUUACUGUAAUUAUUUUUGGGGGAGAGAGGGGGGGCAAAAUGAAAGGAUAUUCCAGCAAAAAAAAUACUUUCAUCAACUUUAGUUUAUUAAUUUUUUUUAUUACUAGAGAGGCGCGCUACGCGCGCGUAUGGUAUUGCAUGUGGCGCUAUAAUAUGAUUUUUCGUUUGGUUUUAUUGUAUUUAGAAAAAAAGAAUAUAUAUAUAUCCGAAUAAACCGGUGACA